AAUCGUCUUUUUCCUACUUCAGACAAUUCCUUUUUUUCCUUAAAUUUUAUUACUUUUCAUAUUUUUGCUUAGGUUGAUGCGGCCCGUAAAAAUCAAAUAAAACAAACCUACUCUAAGUCUUCAUACAACGUUUUUCGCGGUUAAACACGUUUUCUAGCGUGACUCUAAUGUGUGGCAAGUAGCCAUGAAAGUUAGACACCUAUACCUCAAUUGUCCUCAAUGGACCCCUAAACUAUACGUCAUAAAUUAAAUGGAGAAUGUGGAUGGGUAAAGUGAUCUCAAGAAAGUAAAUAUUUGUCAAGAAGUCAUAAAGUCAAUUUAGCCUACAGUGUUCAGUUUGUCGCGAGCUUAGAUAACGACCAAAGAGAAAAAGUGAACAAUAAACUCUUACUAUAAAGUAAAGGUUCUAAAGUUCUUGAAGUGUGACUUUGAAUGCAAUGGAGACAAUCUUGACUUCUCAAGAUAAAAGGCACAUCUAUCCAUCGCCACUCUUGAUGUGUGUCCAUGUAAGAAUAUUUACCAUAUGUGCAUUGCGUUCUCCAGCGUAAAUCAUUAACUAUAAGUAUACUAUUAAUAUUAGUAUUAGUAUAGUAAUCCAUUCGCUGAUCAGAAAGAUGCAGACUUCGAGAUUGUUCUACAUUUAAUUAGAAGUGCUAUCGGUUGAAGUAUUUAAACAAAAAAACAGACUUAUGUCUUCGAUUAUAUUGAAUAUUCUACUCGUUGGUGAAAGUAUUUAGAAUGUAAAAUCUUUCCGAUCUAGUACUGAACGCACAGCCUACAAACUUUAUCGGAUACAUUGUUGACAACGUUCUGUGACUGAAGGCUACUGCAUGCUGUUGCUAUGUAAACAACACAUUCUUUUAUCGUGUUGAAAAUUGCGUUGAUGCAGGGGCGGAAAUGUAGAUAUAUUAUAUCCUUUGUCUUACUAAAGUCACUUAAUGAAUAAAAAAUAGCUGACGAAUGUAGAGACAAUGUCGGAAUAACUAAAAAAAAAACACUUUGAAAAAGUACCGACUCCUUUGUACUGAAACAUCUUUAGCAGUGUAAUGGUCCAAUUCUGAUUCCUGGACGUCUCAGUUCUGUUCUAUUUGUUAAGCUAUCAAGUUCAAGUUUCCUCAUUGACCUAUCAGAUGUCCGUAGCCUACUUUACCUGCCACGUUCCAAUGUACAAUGUGGCUUUGGAUUCGGCUCAAAUGUCAUUGGACCAGACAUCGGUGAAUCAAAGUCUCCAAUGCAAAGGGGCGCGGAUGGUUGGAGGGCGUCUGGAGUUAGAACAAUGUGUCACGUGUUCACUUACGAAACUACGCUCCCCUCCCAAAUCCUCUAUUUUUGUGUACCGAAACUUCUUUUAAAAAGCUUAUACCAACUCACUCUGUCUAUCUGUCUGGUAAAAAGUUUGUACAUGUUAAUAUCUGAUCAAGAUUUCUGGUACCUGAAUCAAUAAAAAUAAUUUUAAAAACUAUUCGGUAAUUAGGCUAAUUCUUUUGUUUGGUAUCGAACACGGGAAAUAAAUCGUACUUGACAGACAGAAAAAGAGAGGAAAUAAAUCGCACUUGACAGACAGACAAACAGAGACAAAUAGAGUGAGUUGAUAUAAGCUUUGUAAAAAUAUUUCUAAUUGCAUAGAUUUAUUAUUGCAAGUCUAGAUCUAUUACAAAUGUAUUUCCAUGAAUAAUAAAAACUAAUUGAAACAAUUACACUUAAUAUAAGCUUUGUUUUUUUUUAAAGUAUUUUCUAAAAUAUUUAUCUUGUUUUAACUACUGAAGUCUGAAAUUGUACAAUGUCUAUGCUAAUAUGAGUAGGCUAAAUGAACUAAAUGAAGAUAUCUCUACCCUAGUCCAUAAAACUGCAAAUGUCCAUGUCACAAACAAGUCAGCUAUGUCUCUGACCUAACUACUUAGAAGUUGAGGUGAUGAGAAAAUCUUUUGGAAAGGCCUCAGCAAUGAGGCAUCAAGAAGUCAUUGAAACAAAGGCUUCCAUUGAAAUACCAUUCGUGAAUGUUAGUUUUGUUCUAACGUUUUGCUUUCGGAUAGACAAAUCGAGACCUUCCCGUCAAGACAAAAAGACGUCUGCAAGCUAGACAUAUGAAACUAUGAAGAGCGAUCGCAGGUUGACGUUUAUGACCUUAGCACCUUCACGACGGACUCGGUUAUCGGCAGCCCACUUUGUCUUCACACUCAGCCUCUGCUGGUAGAAAUGACCUUUCAUGAACCUGGUCACUAACUUCACUGUUUACAUUGUGCGGUAGCUGUCAAGCUAAGUGGGUGACGAAAGGCUUUCUGAAGACAUAAUGGUACCCGUGGUAUGGAGCUAUGCAAAUGACACUACAUAGUUCAACUGGUGUUGCAGAGAUCUCAGAGAUCAAACUUCACUAAAGAAUCAACGGAGCAUCUUUUUUAUAAUUAAUAGCGCUUUGAAAAAGCCAAAAUGUUUCUGGAUGUUAUUAAAAACGCAUUUGGCUGUCGACGUAAGUCUUGGUUAUAUAAAUUAUUGCCAGCGUUUUUACAAGUUUUUCUGGUCAUUACAAUCUGGCACUUUCUAAAAUCUCGAGAUUCACACGAGUCACGAAAUGUGCGCACCACCAGUGACGACGGUGGUAAAACUGCACCCCUUUGCUCGCCAGGUGAGUACGCCACUGGAAACAAGCUCAGCCUCGGCUCUCUCGUAGCAAUAGAAGAUGAGGGGUUUAUUUUACGAGAUCCCAUGCAACCACUUUUCUUGAACGUAGAGAUUUUCGUCAGGGAUUCGGAACUAGGUACCCUGAUACUUUACCCUGCCGGAACCCCUGUCAUUAUCAGCAGGACUAAAGACAGUGAUGAAAAAGUGGGCGAUGAACUAGUAUUUUUUGAUGACAAUAAUGAAGAAGGACUUAAAGGCGGCAUGGAAGAAGAAAGACUGUAUGCUAAAGAUACUAGCAAGACAGCCAAUCAAUUUGUCGAAGACAUUCAAAAAGACAGCUAUCUCGUUAAUAAUCGCCUGGAAGAAUCUCAGGUAGAGCAAGCGCAAGACAAACCAAACAUUAACGGGAUGUUGGUGGCGGACGAGAUGCUUCGUGUCAGACCUGAAGACCAGAAAGGCCAACAGGAGAUUCUUGAAGCCUUGGAAGAACACGACGAUGCUAAGGAGCCCGGUGACACAGAUGGUCUUCAGGAACGAGAGCACGCCAUCCCAAUGUACGAAGCAGUUAAUGAACAAAAUCAGGAGCAAGCGUUUUUAAAGCCAUCAAGCUUUCCUAUUUACAAGAAAAAACAUUUCGCCCAAGUUAAUGACCAGGGAAAACUGUUGCAACCGAAGAAAGCAACAUUAAAAUCAGCUGUGUUUGACCAGAUGCGAAACAAUAAAUUUAUUGCUGAUAGUUCUACAACUAAAUUUUCCAGUCACACUUUCCCUUCAGUAACACAGACUUCUAAGCUUCCAGAUACUGGUGCACAAGGUCAAUGGAAAGCACAAACCAAUAAUGCUGAGCAAAGUCAGUUUUCUGCUGGAUAUGAAGAUCGUAUUAAAAAGUUUAAAUACGAAUAUUUUGGCCGUUACGUAGAUGCAUCCCACAGAACUGGUAAUAUUGCUAUUCCAUACGUCCUUAUAAACCCUCAACGUUGUGGGUUUCCCGAAGCAAUAGACAUACUGUACAUCAUCAACUCCUUACCUCAGAACUCCGAGCAGCGUCAGAGAAUACGUGACACUUUUUCAGCCUCCAAAUUUUUUCAGCCUCGCGUUAUAGCCUAUGUGUUUUUGCUUGGCAUUUCAAAGAUCCCUGGUUUACAAACAAAGCUAAAGCAAGAAAAUCUCAUGUACGGAGACGUGGUCCAGGGUGAUUUUCAGGACACUCCAGGGAACGCAUCAUUGAAAGGACUUAUGGGGCUACGCUGGGUUUUACAGUAUUGCCCCCAAGUUGACUUUGUUAUGAAAAUUGAUGACGAGGUUUUUGUUGACUCGGACAAAUUGUUGAAUGGGUUGUUACCAGUUGUGAGGAAAACAGUCCCACAACGCUCAGUGCUCUGUGCCUUCAAUUCGCAGGGACCCAUCCCCCGAGUUGGAUCUAAUUCAUUCACAUUUGAUAUGUUCCCAAACCGAACAUUACUGAGGCCCUACUGCAAGGGCUAUGCUGUAAUUAUUUCACGUUCCUUGAUUCAAAGCCUCGUUGAGGCUGCAAAGCAUGUACCACUAUUGCACGUCGAUGACUUCUAUCUGUACGGCGUGCUCCCAUUUAUCGUCGGUGGAGUGGACGUCUACGACCUCGGGAACAAGAGAGCGUUUCACGACUUCGGCGUUGAGGCUGUCAGUUGCUAUGAGAACAUGGGAGACAAAUGUCCCUAUGUGGCUUCCAAAGCGUUCAGUGAUCGUUUCACGUCACUGUGGGACAUGUUGCAAGCCAGAAUGUCACGCUCUGGUGGAAAGUGGAAUUCAAAACUUUCUUUAUGGAAUAUUCCGAGUUUUAAGAGAAAUUUUUGAGGAUGAAAGAAACUUGUUCCACUUUGACCUUUGGAAAAGUGUAGCGAGAGAACGUUUAGUUUAUGUUUACGUUGGGUACAUGAGUAUCAAUGUGACAUUUCAAGUAGGAGAUGUUUUGUACAUUUACGUUGGUCUAAUAUAGAGACAUAUCAUAAGCCUAAGUUUCAUCUAUGUUCAAUAUGUAAGUGCUUUAAGCUUGUUUUAUUUAAGGCUGUUAGAUAUUUGUAUUUUUGACACAUGUAACAAAGUCAUUCGAGUCACAGUGGGGGAAAGUGCAAUAGAAACACGUUCACAUUUAGUGGUACUGUUUGUCUCUACUUCUAGAUCUUGCAGAGUUCAAAGACUAAACCGUUAUAAGCAGAAUUUAUAUGGACCUUUGGGGAUUGUAAUGCAUCAAGAAUCAGUGGCGUAGCUUUGGAUUUGGGGGCCCGGGAGGGCUUGAUCUCUAUUGGGGACCCUGCAUUUUUGACAUUCGACAUCCUGACAUGAGAUAAUGGCGUUAUAUAUAAUAUUUAAUGUAAAAACAAAUUUCGGGUACUCAAGUGGGAUGAGGGGGGAUUUUCAUAUUUGGACCUCCCACCCUAGCUACGCCACUGUCAAGAAAUUUUUUUUUUCGUGUAAAGUAGAUGUGUUGGUUAGAGAGUGAAUAGGAAAGAAGGAAUGGGGCAUUACUUACAUUUCUUAGAGGGACAAGUACAUUCAAAUCAAUGUACAUUCAAGUUUCAAUAAAAGUUUAUUUUUAUUUUCAAGAUUUCUAAAGAAGUGAAAACAUUUCAUUGCGAAGAGGAAGAGGGGGUGCUUCCACCACAACCAAAAACAGCGUGCUGACAAUGAAGAAAUGUAUUUAUUUUGUAUACAAUGAAUGUAUACGAGAAAGUGUUUUUAUUUGUCAUGAUUAUAUUGUGAUCUUUUAUUUUAUUUGUGUAAGCUGAUUCAUAAGUUAUUGAGUAAGAUAUAAGACCUGCUGUUUGAAGCAUUUUGUUUCCUAUAAGAACUGAUUGUGAUAUAUUAUGGUGUAUAUUUAACAAAAAAUGGCUUUUGAAAUGUUU